AUUUCAAAGAAAAACGAGUGAGUGCUCCAGGUGUGUACAGCAGCCAUGGUUUCAGUGCUUCCCGUGGCUACUCGCAGAGUACAUGUUUAAAAACCUGCUUUGGAUUGGGAGGUUUCCUGCUCACAUCAGAAAUAGCAAUUGAAAAGGAUGUUACAGACUAUAAGUGACUAUUUUUGGUGGGACCGGCUGUGGUUUCCUGGUAACCUGACCUGGACAGAUUUUGAAGACAAAGAUGGACUCGUCUUUGCCAAAGUUUCACAUCUGUUCAUCAUAGUGCCUUAUGCUGUAGCUUUUAUGGUGAUCAGAUAUAUCUUUGAAAGGUUUAUAGCGACACAUAUAGCAAAAAAAAUCUUCGGACUCCGGGACACUGUUAGACUGAAGGCUUCGGAGAACAUAAUCCUAGAGAAAUAUUUCAUCACCAGCUUGAAGAAUCCAUCACAGUCAGAUGUAGAAGGUUUGGCAAAAAAGUGCAACUGGACUGUGCGAAAGGUGGAAAGAUGGUUUCGAAGAAGGCGCAACCAGGAGAGACCAAGUGUACUGAAAAAGUUCGGGGAGGCUUGUUGGAGAUUUGUGUUUUAUCUCUCAGCAUUUAUUGGAGGCUUUGCAGCUCUGUACGAUAAACCGUGGUUCACAGAUACCCUGGAAAUAUUCAAUGGAUUUCCAAAGCAGACGUUGUUGGAUUCGCAGUACUGGUAUUACAUAAUUGAGAUGAGUUUUUAUUGCUCGUUGCUGUUCAGUGUUGCGUUUGAUGUCAAAAGAAAGGACUUUAAGGAGCAAAUCAUCCACCAUUUAGCAACGCUUAAUUUACUGGCCUUUUCCUGGUGUUGCAAUUACAUCCGAGUGGGAACGCUGGUCAUGCUCAUCCACGACACCUCUGAUGUUUUAUUGGAGUCUGCAAAGAUGUUUAAUUACGCUGGAUUUACAACGAUCUGCAACAGCCUGUUUGUGGUAUUUUCAAUUGUGUUCAUCAUCACCAGGCUGGUCAUCUUCCCUUUUUGGAUUAUCCACUGCACCUGGUUUUACCCAAUACUUUUCUUCCCUCCUUUCUUUGGAUAUUAUUUCUUCAAUGCGAUGCUCAUAGUUCUGCAGAUGCUACACAUAUUCUGGACGUGUCUGAUACUACGCAUGGUGAAAAAAUUUAUCUUUGGAAAUAUGGUCGGUGAUGAGAGGAGUGACCAUGAAGAAGAAGAGGAUGAAGAAACAUCACAAGAGGAAGGAGAUCAGAGAAUGACAAAUGGAUCCGCAACAGGAAGACAUCCAGGUCCAAAGAGACAACAUGAUCAUUAACGCAGACGCACACACACACACGCACACCACCGCCUCCUGCAGCCCUGCACUGGCCGUGUCCUCAAGGGAACCCACACGGCACUCUGAAGAUGUGUGCAGUCUGCUGCCAGCUGGAAGUAUUGAUGAAAACACAAUGUGCACAUCUGAUUUAUUGCUGCAGGUCCUGGAACAGAGCACAGUCAAAAAUUAGCUUUAUCCAACAGAACUUAUUGACAUUCUUACACACACACACACACACACACACACACACAAGCUUUAACAUAACUCAAAAAGCUGUCAUUAAACAGAGUACUGUGCCAAUGAAGGUAUAGUUGUGAGGGUAUACAAAUCAUUUUGUCAUCAGUAUGUAGUUAAAAAUGUUGUAUUAUUAUAAGAUAUUUUUUUGUAUUCUGUUAUGUGUGUGUGUGUG